GGAUUGGGAUAAUGUUGGAGUCAAGGGCGGGGGAGGAAUUCCUGAAAUGUUCCGCCACCAGUCCAAAUUAAGAAAGAGGUGUUGCCGGAUCUGGGGCCGGCAAAAGUGGGGCUGAAUGCCUCGUGGUUGGUUGGGGGCAGGCAGCGCUGGAGGGAGCAUUCGGGCAAGAGCGAUCUUAGCCAACGCAUUGGUAGCGGGGAAGGGAGGGGAAGGGUCCGAAGUAGGACCUCUGGACCGGAAGACGAUUAACCGCCAGGGGGAACGAGAGCGGCCGGGCUAAAAGUAGGAAGCACGAGCUGAGGCUUGAAGCAUCGCUAAGGAGAAGCCAUGGCAUCGUCGGUCUGGAAGGGCCUGGUGGCUGUCGGACUGUUUGCCCUGGCGCAUGCUGCCUUCUCUGCUGCCCAGCAUCGAUCGUACAUGAGACUGACGGAGAAAGAAAACGAGACACUCCCUAUAGACAUAGUUCUUCAAACACUUUUGGCGUUUUUAAUCACCUGUUACGGAAUAGUCCACGUCGCGGGGGAGUUCAAAGAUAUGGAUGCGACUUCAGAGCUUAAAAAUAAAACCUUCGAGACUCUCAGGAACCAUCCGUCCUUCUACCUGUUUAACCACCGUGGGAGGGUACUGUUCAGUCCGGCCGAGACGGAGACCAAGCCCAUCGUCCAGAGCCCGCCCUCCACGUUGAAACUCCGGAAGCUGGAACCCGGGUGGCGCUAAACACCGCGGGGAUCCCCGUUUGGGACGUUGUAUAAUCGUUGGCGCUGUGGGUCUGGGGGGUGGGGGGGUGGGUGGGGCGUUUGGUUUUCUUGUCGGGACCGUCGGACGCGCACUGGCCCCUUUCAAGAUGGAACCUCCCGUCCGCUCACGUGUUCGAAAUUCCGGGCGUUUCCCCCCCCCC